AUGCGCUCGUCCAUCAACUGCUGCCUCAUCGGCCUGUCGGUGUUCGACAUGAUCGUGGCGCUGACGGCCAUCCUCAUGUGGGGAAUCCCCGAGAUCUGCCGCUACACCGUGGCCAUGAUGUGGUACUACCGGGAGCUGUCGCCGAAGAUCACGCCCUUCAUCUACCCGCUGGCGCUCAUCGCCCACACGGGCUCCGCGUACCUGACGGUGACGGUAACGCUGGAGCGCUACGUGGCCGUGUGCCAGCCGCUGAAGGUGCGCUCCAUCUGCACGUACGGGCGCGCCAAGAUCUACGUGCUGUCCGUCACCCUGUUCGCCGUGCUGUACAACCUGCCCCGGUGGUGGGAGAUCACCUACAAGGAGUGCGACAUCGGAGAGGACGUGCGUCACUUCUACUACGUGGCGACGCAGCUGCGCAACGACAACAACUACAAGCAGAUCUACAUCAUGUGGAUGUUCCUGGUCGUCAUCAUCAAGUUUGAAGAGUUCCGCAAGCAGCAGGAGGAGCAGGAACGUGCGGAUCUGGAGUUAGCCCUCACUCUCUCACGUUCCAUGACCACGGGCAAAUCCCAGACUUCACGGUCACCCUCCACGGGCCUCUAA